AUGGUCGCCGCGGCCGCAUUGCCACAGCACUUUACGAUUGCUGGCUACCCGUAUUCGUACCAGCUGAACGAGGAGGACAGUCCGCGAGUGCUGCCUUUCACAAUCCUGUACCUGACUUCGGGCAUAACCGCCAUUUUCGGCCUAGUCAGCAUCGCGGCCGCCGUCAUGUCGUCGGCCGACUCCUCCAUGCUCAGCGCCUCAACAAUGAUCACCAGGAACGUCUACCAAGUGCUUCUACGGCCUGCUGCCUCGGAAUUGGAGGUUGUGAUCACGCUGCGCAUCAUGAUCUGCACCUUGGGCUCGCUGUCCGUCUACAUGGCACUCUCGGUGAAUUCCGUGUUCGACCUGUGGACGCUGUGCUCGGACAUCGUCUACGUUCUACUCUUCCCGCAACUCCUGUGCGUGUUUUACUUCAAGGAGACCAACGCGUACGGCUCAGUCUUGGCUUUCGUCGUGGGCGGCGUCUUCCGGUGCCUGUGCGGCGAGCCGUCCAUGAACGUGCCCGUCGUGGUGCGCCUGCCCCUGUACGACCCCGAGAAGGGCCAGCGGUUCCCGUUUCGCCUGCUGUGCAUGGCUCUCGGGCUGUGCACGCUCCUCAUUGGCUCGUUCGCGGCCACCACGCUCUUCCGUCGCGGCCUGCUGUCCGAUCGCUUCGACGUGUUCCAAUGUUUCGUCAAGCGCCCGCCGACGUCGCAGCUACGGAAUCCGCCGAUCGACCAUGCCAUGGGGACGGGCAGCACGGGAAGCGAUAACACGGCCGGGGCGAAACACGCCGGCAAUCUGCGCCCCUUCACCACCGACGUCACCGUCACCGAGAAAGAGGCCCCUAACACCACCUUGGGGGUUUCCAAGGACAACCGGAGGUCUUCGCUUGCCGUACCCGUCCAAGCUAGGGAUGGGGUUGGCGGCAACACCACAAGGAAAUCCUCGUUGGCCCCGGACAAGGUGCGAUCGGACGCGUCCGAAGUGCAUAGACCCGCGCGCUUGGUCGCUUCGGGAUCCAGUGGCGCGAUCGGGUCGUCGUCCAGGGCGCUGGAAAAGUCGCUAGCGGAGGGCGCCACGGGUGAGAAGACGUUGCGCAAGACGUCCAUGGCUGGCGGCGCCAGAGGCGGCAGCAAGGAGCCGCGCAAGAAGUCCAUCGCUGGCGGAUCCGAAGGCUCGAGGGACGGUGGUCCCACACGCCACUGA